AUGGGGAACCAGACAUCUCCAAUAAUGAAGAGGAAAGUGCUGCAGGAGCCGAGCCCUGCUAUUAACCCUUCCAGACAGAACUUUGGCAUCAAGCUCAUUGCAAUGGCUCGUCGGAAAGGAAAGUUACGGUGCUCUAAUACACCGGUGAUGGUUGUGGCUCUUGCACCUUGGGCAAUAACGUGCUUGGACUUUGCUCAGAAACAGAUCCCGGGCUCCAGUGAGGUCCAAGAGACACAAGCGCUCGCACCCACGCCGGUCUUCCUCACCCGCGUGGGUGAAGGUACUACUGAAAACUUCCGAGGAGCGUUCCAGGCGGCGCCCCGCGGGCCCGACCUCGGCUUCCUGAGCGCCGAGGAGGCGCGCGCCAUCUUCCACGUGCUGCAGCGGGACGCGGAGCUGCGGCGGGCCGAGCGGGACCGAGUCAGAAGACUUUUGAAGAGGAAGACAUCUGAAACAGGGCUGCAGGGAGUGACUGGAGAAUGGUUCGAAGAAAUACAAAGAAAAAAAUUUCAGAACAACACUGAUGUCAAUAGAUUGCUAAAGCAGCCACUGGAGCAUCAGCUCAGGAAGAGUAAAAAAGCCAAUCAUAAAGAAUUUAAAAUGUCAUCCCACGCAAGUCCUGCAGCACAAAAGAACACGUCAGCUUCCUUUUUGGGGUUCAGAUCGCCUUUUGCUUGGCUUUUCUCCUUUAGAAAAUCAAGGAAACAGCAGACUCUGAAGGAACCACGGUAUGACUGUUCUGCUAGCACAUCUCCAAAAGGGGAAGAAAUGGCAGCAGCAGAAACAUAUAAUCCCCCAACGUCAACUGAACCAAGUUGUCAUCCUUUUGAAGCAAACCAAGAUGAAUUGGUGGAAAAAACUACCCAGGAGUGGAAUGAACAGCUAGAGAAGGAGUUCUUCCGUGUUCUAGAUGAUCUGGACGACCAGCUGGCCCAGGAACAGGCGCGGGAUCCCUCGGACAGGGCUGUUGCUCCCGGGAAUGCGGCGAGCCGGCAGUGCAGCCCCGUGUCCGGCGCCUCAGAGCCGCUUCCCGGCGCCGCUGCCCGAGGGCAGCGCAGGGCUCGCUGGAGCCACCUGCCUGCUGCGCCUGUCCCCGAUGGGCUGAGAACAAUUCGAGCCAAGGAUGAGCACAAGGUUUUCAUCAGGCCCAGGAAAUUGCAGAGUGCUUACAUAAAUUGGCACCAGGCAGCCUUUAAAGAGGAUUACAAAUACGAUGAUCCGUUUGAUGGAAAUCCACACCUACUAAGCAGCAGGCUGCCUUCUAUUUCUUACGGACAGUCUUCAGAGGGCAGCUUGUAUCCUCCUUCCAUCGCCCACAACAGUGGGUUUAGGCACCAGCACUACAUGAACAGGGAUCCAGCGGGCAGGAGUUACUCGGUGUGUUCCCUUCGGAGGUGCCCGUCCGCAGUCUCCUCGGAGCAGCUCUCAGCAGCUGCUUUACAGCAUCCCUUGGCGAGGGAGAGCGGCGAUGGGUUCGUACCCCGGUUUGGGCGACAAAAUCCAAAGAGGAUUCCUCUGUCUUCUAUCGUUUGGAACAAUGCGCCAGACUCUGCAGCACAAGCCUCAGCUCAAGAGAAAAUGUUUCGAACCCAGUCCCUGCUGGAGUUCCAUGCAGCAGAGCACGGCAGAUAUCCCAGCCCUUUGCAGGAAAGCAGGAAAUACGCCUGUUACCAUUCGAAGCACCACUACAGAAGAUCCCUUUCAAGCAGUAAUUGUUUCAGCAGAGUGAGUUGUCCUGACAAAGCUGCUUCUCCGUUGUCCUUUGAUAACUGGGAAAAUUAUCCAUUAUACAAAUCGGACAAUAAUCUCUCUAGGUCCUGCUAUUGGGAUGCUUCUUCUCAUGGCAAAUUGUAUAUAAACCAAAAAAAAUCUCCCUAUGGGAAAAAAGAUAACUAUCCUUUUUGGGCUGAGAUACCCCCUUACCACAGUGACAAGGUGUUCACUUCCCCUGAUGCCAGCCUUGAAGUGGUUGUGGCUAACUUAGCUGACCACCAGUGGGCACAUGCCAAGAGUGCCAAGUAUGCCACACAGCGCCUGCAGAGCGACUUCCACGUGUGCUCCCCUGACCACACGAGCAUCAGGAAGAUAACAAGGAGUGUGAGUACCAGAACUUGCUCAGAGUUCAGUGAGAGCGGCCAGCCCUGGCCGAGCUGGAGCUCUCCCGUUGCGCCGUGUUUCACCCGGUGCGAUGAGCCGGUCUUUCCUGAUGCCAGGGACCAAUCACAGCCUCUAGGACAGAGCAGCAGGUCAGGCCUGGCUUCUCAGAGGAGUUCUGAGAUGGACUCGGAGCAACUAGACGGUGUCGAAGAUAAGAAUCUGCUGGAUGAAGUGGCUGUUGAAGACAUGACUUUGCUGUCGGUUUCUCAACAAGCAGAUACAAACUGCACCAACACCCCGAGUUUUCCAUGUGGUAACUCUGCUUCUGCCCUCCUGCCAAACACUUCAUCUCUCUUUAACCCGCUGAGAUCAAAGGGACAGCCCCAAGUCACCGUCAGAAGAGAGGCUGUAAAACCAGACACAUCAAACAGUAAUAAAAGGAACGUGCAGAUGAGGGGAGAUGACCUCUCAGCCAGCAGGGGCUUCAAUCAGCAGCCCUGGGUUUUGCCAGCUGAUGAGAGCAGAAGGGAAUCUUUCCUUCCAAGCCAGAGGCCAUGGGAACAAAAUUUGUGUUAUGCAACAGAAAACAUCAAAGUGGAUAAUCAGCGUGCAGAAAUAGUUAACCAAGCUGCUGCAAAGGGAGAGGCUUCUCUUAUGGGUGUGGAUUCUGCUCCAUCCACUGCAAAACUAGUGAGCCAUCCGGGCAUGGUGCUCAGUCCUGAAUGUUCAUCUGGUUCCUCACAGAGCUCUUCACAAGCACCUUCUCUGAAAGACAAUUUGAAAUGUUCAGAAACACCAACUUACUCGCCAGGAAUUUGCACAGUUACUGAAUCUCAAGCAGCAGGUGGCAAAGCAACUCAAGUGAGCAGAGCAGGUGCAACCCAAAAGAUUUCACAGGCCACAUCACAAAGUCCAAGCACUUUAGUUACUAAGGAGUGCAGUAGACAAUUCACUCCUAGUCCACAUCAUGAAAGCUCUGCAAGUAUUUAUACACAUAGUUUUGGAGACCCCAAGACCUCUGAACAUAGUUUAAAUUAUAUUUGCCUUGAAAAAGAAAACAGAAACAUAAGGAAUAAUUCACCUAGCAUUGAAAGGCGUAACAAGCAAGACAGCUCGCUGAGAUGUUCCAGUAGCUGCAGCACGACUGGCUCCCCUAGCAGAAGCAACUCCAGAUCUUCGGAUCCACUUGUUAUCUAUUAUACCCUGCCUAGGAAAUCAGCUAGCGUUGCGGGCAGCAUCAUGUCAGAUACAGCCAUCUCUUUCCCUAGGGAGGGCAGAACCAGCUCCCAGGAGUGUCUAAGGAUGGAAGUGCCACAUAGAACCGAUGCCUUUUGUUCUACUCAGAGAAGCUUCUCUUGUUCAGAUACAAAACAUUCCUUAAGACCAGUGCCCUUAAAUGCUGCGUCAGGUGUGCAAGGAAAAGAUUAUCCUUUCACCAGAAGUCCCAGUGAUUCAGUAAGUAGCAGUACCUCAGUUGGACUGGCGGACAGUUGUAACGAUCCGAGCAGAGGAGGAUACUCUGGGUUUUCAGACUGUAAGGAAAAGGGAAAUUGUUUGCAGAAAUACAAAACUACAAGCACAUUUACAGUUUGUGUUGAUGAAGAUCACGUCAAGUAUCAUGAACUCGUUUCAAUCUAUUACACGCUACCACGGAGGCAUUCUAGGACAUUUUGUAACCUCUUCAGGGAUAAUCCAGAGGACACAGAAUUGCCUCUUCCCAAAACACAUUCUCAAUCACCAAGAAUACAUAACAAGAAAAAUGAAGGUCGUGUGAGUUUAGCAAAUGUAUUUUUCCCUAAUGCUUUGGAAAAAGAGCUGCCUUCACACUCUUCUGACCAAGAGCCUUCAGCUGUGGUCACACCUCAGAAUUUAGAAGCUGCUGCUGAUGGUGAGGACAGGAGUUCCCCCUUACCCCCUGGCUCUGGGAAGGGAUGUGCUCCGCAGAUAGCAAGUACAGCACGUGUUAGCACAGAUAUUUCACCAGUUCUUCCAUUAGCAAAACGUGCCCUUCCUGACACGAGGACAGCAGACAUUUCUUUUGGUGACCCGCAACCCGCUGCAGCAGUGGGUAGCUCAGGUAAGGGCCUUUCUGGGGCCUCAAGCAAUCGAAGUACAGAAAAGUGUCCAAAAGAAAGGGGAAUUGUGCAAAGAGCCCCUCCGUCCGUCUCCACCUUACCCACCCCUCCCAAGCCAGACGCACCUGCAGAGGAUCUCAGCUCUUCCACCUUGGUAAGUAAGAAGAACGUGCAAAAGGGGAGCCCAGAAAACUGCAGUCAGCCCAGCAAAGCAAACACAAAUAAAACUCAGAACAGUCUGCUGCUCCGCACGCGAGUGAAAAGUUCUCUUGGUAGGACCAGUACUUCUAACGUGUCAGGUCCUCCGGCUCCAGGUAGGUACAGGGAUAAUACGGAAGUCAAACAAAGAGAAAAUCUGCACCAGGUCACCCCUCUGUAUAGUAAUAAAUGUAGUGGGCUGCCUUUAAGAGCUGCCAGUUCGAGAAAUAGCAGAAAUGACUUAAUUUCCUGCAGCAAAAAGCUGCCAGAAUCUCAGAGCAAAGUAUCUGCAGCCGACGCAGCUUCCACUGCCAAGCCAUCACUUCAGCUGGGCAAAAUGGGCAGCAGAGGUGCAGGUGAGUCCCAGAAUUCCAGAAUUAAAAGCACACAGAAUGUGCAGGAAUCUGAGGUGGGUGAAGAUUACUCAGGUCUGCAGGAAUCACAGAGGGGCAGCGAGGGGGGCCUCGACGUGGACCGCAAAGAUAGAGCCCUUGGGGUUACGCGAGAUCAAAAGGUAACACAGAGUGCAGAAAACGAGAGCAGGCUUCUCUCUGGCUGUGCGAGAGACAAAGUAAAAGACAUAGAAAAAAGGAAAAAUAGACCUUCAAUUAAAAAUAAACUGGCAGCUGUGUACAAAACAAGUCGAAAAUUUUCAAGUAAGAAUUUACCCCCGAAGCCACACAUCAGUAAUAUUUUCUCGCAGAAUGAUGGAGGUGCCGCCUCUGUGGAGGCUGAGCUGCCCCUGGAGGCUUUGCAAAGUUCGGCUGGUGGCAGCCACUCAGUUCUGCAGUCUGCAAAUGAAAACCAGAAUCCUGGUCCGGACCCUGAGGGCAACACCGCCAUGCCAAGAACGGCUGAGGGGAAUAGGAAUGACAAUGAUCCUGCUUUCCUGGCUAGUAACACAAAUUGGAGGUCUGUUACAAGUUCCUACACCCAGAAAGAAGCAAUCAGUCCCCCCAAAAACACAGGAAAACUGGAAAACAGACCAAGUCUGUCAGGCCAGGCCCUAUUUCCAGAUAAAAGAGCCACGAGGAAUAAGAAUGUUCAAACCUUGGGCCUUGGGUUAGAGAAGAGAAGCCCAAGUCUCUCCCCGCGGGCCGCCAAACGGGACACGGUGGAUGAUGAGGGAAGAGGAGCGAGCAGGAGCAGCCCGCCCUCGCCUCCUCUCACCGACAAAAACUCAAACCCCUUCAUAAAUAGUAACUUGCGGGCAGACCUGGCUCCGAAGCAAAGCUUGACUUCUCAGCUAGCGUUUGGGCAGCCUCAAAGUCAGUCUAAGAGCUUAAAAAACGCCAACCUGCCGAGCGAGCAGCCGCGCAAGAGCCAGGCGAGGACGCCCCGCGAGCGGCACGUGUCGGAGAGCGCGCGAGCGCCGCGGGGCCUCCUGCCCCGGCACGGCAAGAGGUUGAAGUCUCACUCGGAGCUGCUGUCCCGCGACGAGAACGAGAACUGGGCGUCUGAGGACGUCAGGACCCGCAGCGCCAGGAACCUCCUGUAUCCGUCCAUCGAGUUUGGAAUAUUCGGCAAGGAGCAGCAGCUGGCUUUCCUGGAGAACAUCAAGAGGUCGCUCACGGAAGGGCGGCUGUGGAGGCCUUGCCUUCUGAAUAACCCUGGCUCCCUGCGGGAUAGGGAGAGCCCUUCCCGGAGCAGAUCCGAGCUUUGGAGCUCGAGCUCUGCUGGGAGCAAAAUGUCCUCAGCGCCUUCGUCCCCCAGGGAGUCGGCCGAGGUCUGUGGGGCAGAGCGGGCCGCGUACUCGGACUCGGACACCGAUACCACCACCGACGAUGAGUAUUACCUAGAUGAGACUGACAAGGAGUCGGAGCUAUGACAGCUCGCGGCACCGAGAUGGCAAGAUAGGCCCUGGGCAGGCAGAAACACGAGAAAUGUUUUGAGCCUGUUCUCGGGCUGCUAUAAUUGGGGCAGCUCUGUUAGUCUUAAUGAAGUUAGUAUCUAAGUGAGCAAUUGAGUGUUUGUAUUAAAUGUGUGGAUUCAUCGUUGUUCUUCCUAGGAGGAAAAAAAAGAAAAAAUCGCUUGCUAAAAUUACGAAAGGCGGAUGACUGCAGAGCCCUGUUAGAGGUGCCUGUCUGCAGGGCUGAGGCUCCUGCCCGCCAGAAGAGCUGGAAGGCCCAAAUCCUGGCUCUCGUCGUAUUUCCUUAGCAGACCGACCAGCGGGCGAGCGUGUUGCCCCGCUGCCGCGCUGUGGUCUCUGUCUCGGGUCUUGCUCCUCCAGCGGAUCGGCGGCUCCAUCCAUUGCGUCCCGCGCGGACCCGCACGGUGCCCACAGGGUCCCCAGCUCCCUUGGGAGCUCCCGGCCUCGCUGGCUCCAGGCUGCGCCCCGCGGAGCUGCGGCCUCCUUGGAGUAGAUCCGCUGGGAAACCCGUCUUGCCCUUCGCUAGAUUUCCUUCCCUUGGGAUACUUCCCAAACAUUCCUUCUCUCCCCGUGGAACUGCUCGUGCUUUGAGCUUAAAGACUGCGACCGUUUCCUGCGGCUGCUGCUCGGCGCCGCUAGCAGAGGCGCUAGCCCCAUUAAGAGCCAGACUCAGCCCUGGCCACUGCGUUUCAGCUCAGCUUUGAUCUCGUGCCGUGCAGAAUCACAAGGGCUCACGGAGCCAGAAGGUAGUAUUUUUAAAUGAUUAUAUAGCAUUUAUUUCUAUUUUAAUAGUUUCACGUACAGUCUAAAAUGUCGAUCCUUAUUUUUAUAUGCUUUUUAAUUAAAUAAAAUUUCUGUAAAACGAUUCUAUUUUUGUAACUGGAAGGACAGUAUGUUGAUAUUUUAAAUAAUAUAUUUUAAACAAAACAAGCAAUGCUUGUAUCACUGGAUAUUCCACAAAAAUCUAAAAGAUGAAAAAUGCUGUGGUAGGUAACUGCUAUCUGUAGUUUUUUAUACUGUAAACUUCGUUAAAGAAGUAAAGCUGUCAUUCAAAUAUGUACUGAAAUAUAAGUAUUACUGCUUUAUAAUAUAAUAAUGUCUUUCGCUGUACAUAAAAGGGCUAAUAUAAACUAGUAUAAAUAUUUAUAGUCAGAACUGUUCUUCACAACAUACCUGUUUUGGAAGGAUAUACGCACAUGCUGACAUAUGUAGUAUUGGAAGGAAAUAGCUACCAUGUAAUCGUAAUCCCGUAAGAUGGGCUGUUCUAAGGAAAAAAUAUGUUUUUCUGUAAAUAUUUCUACUCUGUAUAUACAGGAUUCUGUAGAGUAAGGCAAUAAAGCCAACUUAAUAUUAGUGAAGAAUUUCUGCUGCUGUAAACUUCUGCAAAAUAUGUUAGUCCAAAAAUUAGGAGAAAUGACAUAUAUAGGUUAAACAAUAAUAAAAUAAAUGUUUACAAGGGAGGUAAAUGGUCAUACGGUUUUGCUUGACUAGAAAGGGAUUGUUUAGAAUAAUUAUAUAUAAUAUUUUUAUUUGUAAAUAUUUUCUACCUGUUCAGUAGAAUUUGGAUUAAGUGCUGCUCUCCUUUUUGGCCCAAAAGGGUGUUUGUUUGCUGUGUUAUAUAUGUACAGUAAAAGAUGGUUUGAUUUAAUAUAGAGUUAUUGAAAAGAACAAAAAAAGAAGUUUUGAUCAUAAAUCAAUUGUGCGAGACCACAGUCUGUUGAGGAUCUGUAAACUAAUAU